AUGGGUGAUAAGAGGUUUAAGGUCAUAAUCAAAUCACCUAGUGACAAAAUACCUAGUUUGACUGUGCAAUGCCUUUCUCACUGGCUGGCCAGUGACUUGAAGAACUACUUAUCAGAGCAUCAUCCCGCCCAACCUAGUGUAUCAUCUCAAAGACUUAUCCAUGCUGGUAAGCUUUUAAAAGAUGAUACAUCAAUCUCAGACAUUUGUAGUCAGGUCGAUGGGCUUCCUACAAUUCAUCUAGUAUACCCCAACCCAAGACCAGUUGGCGAUUCUAAUGUCAACAACCAACGAGGUGACAAUACUCUGUUUGAUAUUUCACCCGAGCAAAUGCAUAAAUAUCAGCAAGCGUAUUAUCAUUAUCUACAAACUUUUUAUAUGGAGAAUCCUCCAGUAAAUCGGACUGAGUACCGCACACAGGAUUACCGUUGCCCUAUCGAUUUUGGAUCAGGGACUGUGAUACAAAUGCUUCCCGGAAACUAUAGUCUCCCUAACAGUGCUUAUGUACCACAAACUCAUAGCUCUUCACACCAAGCAAUCCCAAACAGUUCAUCUAGCAACACGCAACAGUGGAUUCAAAGGGCACAGGCACUUUUAUCCGGUUGGGGAGUGUUUAAUGGUAAUCGUCGUCAGAGGGAAGCGGGUGAGGUAUUACCGAAUGAAGAUGGAGUUAACCAAAGAGCUGACCAAAUCCAACCUCAAGCAGCACAAGAAGUGUUUAAUAAUGCAAUACGAAAUAAUGAUCGACCCGAUGAAGGGGUUAACGAGGUGGGAAAUAUGGACAUAAUUGAUCGUUUUUACUUGCUUUUUCGACUUUGUCUUUUCGUGGGACUUUGUUUCGCAUAUUCAUCUUUGGACAAGGCACUUAUUGUAUUCUCAGUUGCUGCUUAUGUAUACCUGUAUAAUAUCUACCGCAGAUACGCUGUUGUAGAGCGUAUAGUACAGGCUCAACGACGACCACAACAAAAUCCGCAAGGUACACAAACCAAUUUAAACACUCCAGCAAGUGAACAAUCGGAGAAUCAGCAAAGCCAGCUUGCUCAGGAGUCUACAGAUCAAGCAAACGCUAGCCUACGUGGUGAACAAGAAUCGAGAUUUACGAGGAUAACUACAAAUCUACGUUCGGCAGCAAAUCUUUCUUAUCAGUUCUUUUCAGCUCUGAUUUCCUCAAUUAUUCCAGAACAACCACCACCACUACAUCUAGACUAG